CAGACGUCACUCCGCCUCCACUUCGCCAACACAGCAGCAGUGUCAGGCUCUGCGAAGGUUUUACUGGCAUAUAUUACGUUUAAGAUACACACAGAAGGAAACAAAUCAGUGGAAUGAUAGCCUCACAGACUUACGAAGAACUUGAGGUGACAGAUGUCUCUUCUGGCCAGUUUGGACUAGAGGGGUUGUACAGGGAAGCAGCAGCUUGAAGAAAGAUGUGAAAUGCUUGUUGGGGUCAGCAAUGGCCAUUGAUCUCGCAAGGAUGAAAUUUCAAUGGCGGUCUUUUGGGUACAAAUCCAAGGUAGUGGUGUUGUGCUCUGUUGCCAACUUCAUCAAUGCAGCAGACCGAGUCCUCAUGCCUCUUGCCAUUGUUCCUAUGACCAAUGAGUACAAGUGGAGCCUUUAUUGGCAAGGGUGGAUUUUAUCUGCCUUUGCUUUUGGUUAUUUUACUAGCCAGAUAAUUGGAGCCAAUGCAGUUAACACAUAUGGUGGACGAAGAGUUUUAUGUUGUGCUGUUUUACUGUGGUCACUGUCAACUGUCCUUACACCUGUAGCUGCCGUAUCUUUACCCGCCCUUAUUUGUGCAAGAGUUGUUCUAGGACUUGGAGAAGGGCUUGGCUUACCAACAAUCUUUCAGUUGUUUGCUCAACAUGUUCCGGCUGAGGAGCGGAGUCGAGCAUUUGGAUACAUGGUUGCUGCUGGCUCUGUGGGCCAGACUUUUGCAUCACUGUUUGUGCCUCACAUAGAUUGGCACAUAAGUUUUGAAAUCUUUGGCUUCAUGGGCAUAAUAUGGGUAGUCUGCUGGCUUCUUACAUACCAUGACCCACCCAUGUUGGCAGAUGAGGAGGGGCAGCAACUAUUGGAAAAGGAGAUGAUGUGUGUAACUUGGAGUGAAUGGAUAAGCCAUUGGUCUUUGUGGUCCAUAUACAUUGCACAUUUUGCAAUGAACUGGAGCAACUACAUCAUAAUGCAAUGGCUGCCUACAUAUUUAUCACGAACACUUGGGGCCAACAAGGAGAGUAUGAGCCUCACUGCCGUGCCUUAUAUCAUUAGUUCUCUCUGUGGUGUUGUUUGGGGCCACCUGGCGGACCAGUUGAUAUCAGUGGGGUGGCCAGUGCUGAGAGUGCGUCGCCUCAUGACCUUCUUUGGACUCAUGGGACCAGGACUAUGCCUUGCACUUUUCCCAGAAGUUUCAAAUUUAGUAGUUGCAGUUUUAGUGAUAUCCAUGGCAAUGGGACUGUGUGCGGCUAACUCUGCUGGCCACUUGAGUAACCAUGCUGAUGUUGCCCCAAAUCAUGCCGGCAUCACAUUUGCCAUAUCAAAUACAAUUGCAACAAUACCUGGCAUCCUGUGCGGCCCACUGACGGCUGAGCUGGUUGUAGCAUCUCAUGGCCGUUGGUUUCCAGUGUUCUUUUUGGCAGGAACUAUCAAUUUUACAGCUGCAAUGAUAUAUUACACACAGAGCUCUGCAAGACCUAUUCUAUGACAUGAACACAGGAGUAAUGUGUGUGUAUGUAUGUGUAUGUGUGUGUUUGUGUCACUCAUUAUUGAAAUUUUCACCCAUAGGUAUAAGACAGUUCAUGGUUUUGAACAAAACAGAAUAUGCCAAUAUUCACUACUGUCAGUGCUCUGUUAGUAUUCCCAUAUAUACAUACUUUCAUGAAUUAGGAAAAUUGUCAUCCAGGUUUCUUGUAGACUGCUUGUUCAGGUAUCAGUAAUGAGGUAUUAGUGAUCAGUUGUUGGAAUUAGUCUCUGUUGUAUGAAUCUAUAUUCAUGUUUCUGAGACCUUAUUAAGAAUGGAUCAUUAAAGUACUGUUUUUAAUCCUCUUUUCACAGUGAUAUUAACAUUUCUCUUUCAUGAUUUUACACAAAUAUCAUGUAGCUCAACUUUCCUCCCCUUUUCUCUCUCUACUGUUUCUUUGUUCCUUCUAACUUACACAGAACUGUGAUGAGACACUUGAACUCUUUCAGUAUUUAUAGCUCAUCAUUAAGCCUUAAGGUUUACUGCAGUGCUUUAUAUCAUGACCUGUGUACCCUCUCAGAAUCAGUCGUCUCAUUCAUGACCUUCAAUUUUUGUUUGAUGAGACGUAUCCUGUGCUGUCGUGCAAUACAAAAGACAGCAGCAACUAAAUUAACAAUAAAUGUGGAUGUCUUCCCUUAAUUGUGAGUGAAUUGAGGCAUCCAGGAAGUGCAAAAGUGUACAAAAUAUCAACGGUAUCCAAAAAGGUGCAGGGAUAUACAAAAUAUAGUGAGUAUUCAACCAGAUUCUAGGAAAGUGUAUUAGCUAAUAUUGUAUUUUUGUGGCUAUGUAUUGCUUUUGAGUAUAUAACAUCAAUGUUAGUGGCAUGUAAUGAACUAACUCAUUUUUGUAACCAAGAUAAUUUUUUAUAGAAAACUAGAAAAUAUGACUAUAAUGGAGA